AUGGAGAAGAAGCUUGAUGGAUUAGUCGCCCUACUCACUGGCGCCCAAUCGGUAUCAUCUAACAACAACAAUAACUCUUCACCAAAUCUCUCCGAUCAAGAACAAGCUGCUAUUGGACUUGCAAACCUCGCGCCCUCUUUGUCCCGUUUAUAUCACAAUGGGGAUAAAGGUGCCAUCGCUAGUCUUGUCAACGAAAACACCAUGCCGGAUUUCAAUGUAGGCUCUUGCCUUAGUGUUAUCAAAGCUAAGGACGACGAAUUCGAACAUCGACGGAAGGAACGACGAGAAAGGGACGAGGAAAUAGAGCGACAGCAGGAGAAGGUUCGACAGGACGUCAACUGCAGCAACUUCAACUUUAUUAUGCCGCCGCCAUCGAUCAAAGUCCCGUUGGAGGAUGUAAUUGGUCGAAAUUUGGUUACCGAAGCCCAGGCCGACCAAUACUUCUCGCUAUUCACAGAGAUGUCUGCACAUUUUCCCUUCUACGUCAUACCGCCAGGAACUACCCCCACCACUUUACGAAGGGAGAAGCCGAUGCUAUUAAUGGCGAUACUGUGUACCGCUUCGGGGAUUGAUAAAAGGGUUCAGAUAGUGCUAGACAGGGACUUUCGAAAGGCGUACAGUGAAAGGAUCUUUGUGAAUGGUGAAAAGAGCCUGGAACUUUUACAGGCUGGGUUACUUUAUUUGUCAUGGUUUCAGUGUCAUUUUUCACCAAGGACGCAAAUAUUCUUACAGAUGGCGCAUCUAUUCAUAAGUUUAGUAACAGACUUGGGGUACGACCGGAAACCAGACAAAGUAAAACCGCCGACAGGUGUUUUAGGGAAUGAAGGGAACGUUGCAAGCCCGAUGUUCUCUGAGGCCGGAUCGGAACCUGCAGAGAGCACAGCAAAGUUAGAGGAGCAGGAGUUUAGGAAUAAGGAGACUAGAAGAGCAUUCUUGGGAUGCUGGUGGCUUACUAGUUCGUUAUCGAUCGAUUUCCGCAAGCGGAUACCUCUCCACUUCUCGAACUAUAUGGCGAGAUGCCAACAAUCAUUUGUGGAAAGCCCGGAGUUCGAGUCGGAUAAAUAUAUGGUUAUGAUGCUCCGGUUACAAAAGUUCCAAGAAGACGUUUGCGAAACAUUCCGGUACCACGAACCUGAAAUAGCCGGCAAGCAGGAUCUAUUGAGAAUCCAAAUGAGUUUGAAGGCUUUCCAAACUCAACUGAAGAUUCUUGAGCAAGAUUUCCAAUUCCUUGACCCUCGAAACCCAACUUUCGACUCGGUUUACCCAUCUAUCUUUGUGAUGGGAAUAUACCUCCACGAAAUUGGCUUACACAUGACCCCGCCACCCGCCUCCACGGCAUCUUAUGCUCCAACCGCGUCCUUAGAAUAUACCGCCGAACGAAUCGGCAUCCUUUCCGAAUGUCUCUCCUAUACCAAAAAAUACCUCGACUGCCUGACUAGCUGCGAACCCAGCUGCUACCGCAGAAUGACCGCCCCCUGCUGGAUGCGCAUCUCCUAUGCCCUCGUCGUCCUUUCCAAACUCGCAUUGGGCGGUACAGAACCUGUCGACUUGUGCAGCAUCAAAGAAAAAACAGUCAUUCAAUACUCCAGUAAACAAUACACAACCCUAAAUCCACACCCAGCCAUGAUUGCAGAAGCAGCACAAAAGAAGAAAAGAGAGUUCAUGCGGAGAAUGUACAACCCUAAUGGGGGAGUACCCAGUCGUAGUCCAACACCCGAACCCGAACCACGACCAGGUAUAGCCCUCAUCCCGUCUCCAUCCAACGUCGACGGCUGGGAUACCUCUGUUGUUCGCGCUGCGGUCAAGAUGGAAAUAUAUCUCGACCGAAUGGUUGAAAUCUGUAAAAUCCUCCAUCGGCCUUCAUUACCCAUCCGAGAUGAGGAUAGAGAAAGAUAUAAAGCCAACGGGGUUGAGGAGAUCGUACCCCCAGAUUUAUACGAUUUUGGAAUGUGGAUGUUUGGAACAAUGAAAGAAUGGUAUCUUGCCAUGGUGAGACGGGAAGAAGAGAUUGAAGAAGCGGUUAAGGACGCCGUCAGCGCUACACCAGGUAGUUUGGUUGGCAAUGGAAUAACCAUAGCCGGUAGCACAGGUGGUAGCAUCAUCACCACAACCACAAGCGGAACUCCAAACGGAAGUAUAAUAACAACAGCCGCAACCGGUAGUAGCGCCAGGACCAGGAGCACUAGUAUCAGCGCCACAACACCAGGCGGUGGUACUCCGUUGGCAAAAGGAUGGACGUCACCAACAACUGCUUUUCAAUCUUUGAAGCGAAAGUUUGAUUCGGAUAAACCUAGAGGACCGAAUAACGGUGCGAUGGGGGAUUACGCAAGUCCUAUAAUAACUUCUGGAGCAGGAGGAGGUGGUGGUGGUCAGGGUAUUCAACCUAUGCAGCCGAUAAUGGGAGGGCCAGAUGACCAGCAGAUGGCGUUGCCGCCCAGUAUUGGGUUUGAUUUUAUGGAUCCUGUCGGUGAUGACUUUUGGGGCGCGAUGUGGAGUAAUUGGCCUUUGUUUUACCCUGGUGCUUGA